AUGAAAGCAUUCUGGGCAAAGACAAAGGAAUCCGUCACACUCGGCAUGAACUCAAUCGAGCGUGCUACAGGCACAGCUAAGACAGAAGAGACUGAAAUCUUCACAAACACUUUCAAUACCAUCAAGUCUCAUAAAGAACGCCUUGACGCUCUUUUAGAAGAACUCAAGACAUAUGCUAAGUCCAUCAAGAAGUAUGGUGAUGUUUCAAGACAAGUUUCCAUCAAGAUGGCCGCCCUCUUCCCAAUGGGCGAACCAAAUCAGGCUGCAACUGCCACAAACCUCCAGUGCAACACAAACCUUGCCACAGAGGCUCUCAACCUUUCCGAUACAUACCUUCCACAGCAUGUCACAGAGAAGGUCAAUGUCCUUCUUGCUGAACUCAAGGUCAUUUACACCACAGAAGAGGAGAGAAACAAGUUCCACGUCCUCCUCCUCAACGAUGAGAAGGAAGUCAAGUCUCGCCAAGAAAAGGGCAAGCCAACAGCCGAAUAUGAGACAAAGGCUGAAGAGCACCGCAAGGAAUUCAUCAAGUUUGACCAGGAGUUCAUGGAGAAGGCUAAUGCCUUCAUUGCCAAGGCUCCAGCUGAGUAUGCAACAAUCUUUGAAGCAUUCCAGUACUACAAUGCUGCAUUUGCUGCUGCUCACCAGAGACUUAUCAUAGUUGGCCAGAACUAUAACCUCAACACACUUGCUGCUAAGUAUCCAGACACAUCUAUCACACCAUCAACACCAGCUCCAGCACCAGCUGCUCCAGCUAAGUAG